CCCCGGCCAUUUCACAGGAGCACUACGUGAACACACUUCUGGAGCGGUUCGAAAUGCAAGAGGCCAACCCAGUGAGCACUCCUGGAUACGGAGCGGAAAUCUCCACGAAUCAACCUCAGGACCAAUUCCCAGGACCCACGGACAAGAAAAUCUAACAGUCGAUGACAGGAAGCGUCCUCUACCUGGCCCAGUGCACGCGAUUCGACCUCUCCUACGCUGCCCUACAACUUUCCAAGGCCUGCAGCAACCUAGCGCAGGUGAACAUGACAGCAGCCAAGCACGUUCUGCGAUACCUUCGGGGUAAUCCAGUUCUUCCUAUCGUCUACAAGAGAGGACAGUUUCGGCUAGCGGCGUUAACGGAUUCAUCCUUCGGAGCAAACCCCGACAACGGAAGAUCUACCACGGGAUAUCUCUUCUUUCUGGCUGGAGGACUCAUCAGCUACGGUGCGAAGACUCAAACUCUAACCGCGCAAAGCACGGUCGAAGCCGAGAUUCAAGCACUUAGCUACUCAGCCAGAGAGGCGGUCUACAUCUCAAAUCUUAUGACGGAACUCAACUUCAAGACCUUUGGAUCGGUUCCCAUCAACAGCGACAGAACCGGAGCGCUGACAGUGGCCGGGAAUGCCAUGCACUCUCAACGCACAAAGCACGUGGUCCUGAGGUACUUUUUCAUCCGGGAGCUAGACUAG